GCUGCACCGUUCAUUUCGUGUGCUGGUCUAUAAUUCAACCGGUUAGAAACAUCUCCAUGAUCCCGAGUUGGUUGAUUUGACAACCUAUUUUUUACUGGCGUGGUGACAUGGCAGACUAUUUGUUGCGCUGGUGUUUGGAGCAAUUACAGAGCAAGUUUGGUCUGGAGGCAUCCGAAGAUAUCGUCAAAUACAUUAUAUCCAUUGAAAAAGCUGAGGAGAUUGAGGAGUAUGUGGGCGACCUUCUCCAGGGAACAGAUGGGAAGAAAGGACAGUUCAUUGAGGAGUUGCUCUUCAGGUGGAAGAAGACUCAGAGACAGGGUGGAGACACAACUGGUCUUUUCCUUCUCAAAGAGUCAAUGUCAACAAGAGACUCCCAAGAUACAACCAAAGAUUCACAGAAGAAGUCUAAACGUAAGGGUCGGAACAAACAAGAGGUGUUGACCGUGAGCCAAAUGGACCCUGAACCAGAGGCAGUCAAAACACCAAUGGAUCUAAUGAGGGUUCAAGAAAGCACCAGCACUUCUUCAACAAAAAAGAAAAAUAAAUUCACAAACCUUUAUGCUAAAGAGGGUCAGGACAAGCUGACAGUUGUACUUCCCGGCCGGCACAGCUGUGAGUGCCUUGCUCAGAAGCACAGACUCAUCAACAAUUGCAUCAGCUGUGGUCGCAUUGUAUGCGAGCAAGAGGGAUCCGGGCCUUGUCUCUUCUGUGGUAGUCUGGUUUGCACCAAAGAGGAACAGGAGAUUCUGCUCAGAGACUCAAACAAAAGCCAGAAACUAAGAAAGAAGCUGAUGGGAGAUUGUGCUGAAAGAGAUUACCUGGCGCAUCAAGAAGCCAAGUUGAAGGCUGGUUUAGAGAAGGCUGUCCAGCACAAAGACAAACUGCUGGAAUAUGACCGAACGAGUGUCAAGAGAACUCAGGUACUUGAUGAUGAGUCUGAUUACUUUGCCACUGAAUCAAACCAGUGGUUGUCAACCGCUGAGCGUGACAAGCUAAGGAAAAAGGAAGAGGAGCUGCGCGAACUUCGCCAUGCGUCUCGUAAAGAUCGGAAAAUCACCUUGGACUUUGCUGGUAGACAAGUCCUUGAUGAGAGAAACAACUUGAACGAGUACUACAACAGAUUAGAUGAGGCCCUCCAGGCAAUGAACAUUGACUCUGUGGCCAAAUCCCCAUUGUAUAAAAGACAAGGUGGAGAACAGAACCUCAGAGAGCUGGUCAACCCCAAUAUAAAGCAGAGAGCACCAGAAUGGGUAGAUGUUGGCAGCAGAGAAAACAACAAAAGGAACAUGGAAAAAGGACAGAGUUUGGCGGAGGGUAAUAGAGGAGGAGAGCGGUCCAGGUUGCGUCUCCAAGACAAAGAGCUGCAGGAGAUGUGUGAUAGUGGCUGGUGUCUGAGCAUGCACCAGCCAUGGGCAUCACUCCUGGUCAAAGGCAUCAAAAGAGUUGAGGGCCGAACUUGGUACACAUCCCACCGCGGCCGUCUUUGGAUUGCUGCCGCAGCCAAGAAGCCCACUCCUCAGGAGACCGCUGAGGUGGAGGCCAUGUACCGUUCCAUCUCCCAAAAAGAGCUCAGGUUUCCUUCUGAGUAUCCCACUGGCUGCCUGUUGGGUUGUGUCAACAUCAUCGAUUGCCUUUCUCAGGACCAGUUUCGAGAGCAGUUCCCUAGUACAUGUGAAGAGUCUGCUUCCCCAUUUGUCUUCAUCUGCACUAACCCCCAGGAGCUGCUGGUGAAAUUCCCAAUGAAAGGGAAGCACAAGAUCUCGGUGAAAAACCAAGUCAAGCAAAUGAACUCUGAGCUUGCCGUUAUUCCCGGAGGCUUGACUAAAGAACUCCAACCGCUGGACGUCGGCAUCAACCGGGCGUUCAAAGUAAAGCUGCGAACGGCGUGGGAACAAUGGAUGAUCGAUGGCAAACACAACUUCACAAAUAGUGAGAGGCAGCGCUAGGCAAGUUACGCCACAAUUUGCGAAUGGAUUGUGGCUGCUUAGGACGAAUGUGUCUGCUUGCACUGUUGUUCGAGUUUUUGGCAAAGCCGGCAUGAUAUCUGUGGAGCCACAUAGCAAUGAGAGUGACUCUGACAACAAGAGGGAACACGGCGUUUUUGAUGGAUUACGGUACUUGCACAAUUGUUCAAUUCUCUCUACACACACACACACACACGCUGCCACCAUGUUUUGCUCUGUUCUUUACUUUCAAAUGUGGGAGAGCUUCACACGAGAGAAAUGUUGACUUUGUUGUUGCUGCUCCUUCUUUCCGCUCGGCAAUGCUUAGCAACACACUUUAGCAUGUGAUGCGUUCAAUGACAACUGGGAUUUGCAGUCCUCUGCUUCUGAUACAGAGGAUGAGGACUUUGAUGGAUUUCUGGGUGAUGAUUGAUCGAAAAACGUGAGAACAUUGUACGAUGGCUAAAUAAAAUGCAUCCGAACUCAGUUCUGCUUUCGUUGCCUUUUUAAAAACGUGUUUUAGCUUGUAUUUGUAUAUCUCGGCAUGCUACCGUAUGCUUCAAGCUUACGUGUUAAAUAUUUUAAUUGUUUGACAGCUCUAAUAUAUAUAUAUAUAUAUAUAUAUAUAUAUAUAUAUAUAUAUAUAUAUAUAUAUAUACUGUAUAUAUAUAUAUACUGUAUAUAAUAUGUAUGCACGCGCGCAGGUCACAGUUCAAGCCUUCUUGAAUAUGACUUGCUAUAGUUGAAUUUGUACUUUUGAUUUCCUAUGAGAUUGUUACAGCCAAGGAUGUAGAUAAGCACGUAAUCUAAGAAUAUCAAGUGUAAGGUAUUAUCUACUUUACAAUAUGCUCUUAGCCAGUUCCCAUUUGCUACACACACUGUUCUCUCCACUUCUCUACACUUCUUACAUAAUCUGUUAAUUCUGUCCUAUUUCUUUUGCUGCCAUCGCUGUUUUUGCUCGAGGUGGUAUUUGUAAUGCUAAUGAGGCAAGGCAGCAAGUAAUGGGUGGUCGGGAAAAUAAGCUGCCUGGAAAGAUGGUGAUAUGGUAAAAUGGCUUCCUGUGUUACUUUAUUAUUUUACUUUGCAGUGUUAUUAUAUCAUCAGUGUUUGGACUGAAGAGUUGGAUCAGUGCUGACCUGGAAACAUUAGUGUUGGCUGACCAAGAAAAUGGUUCAUGACCCGAUCAUGCAAUGGUAUCUAUUCCCCUGCCCUUUAUUUAUUGCAGAAAUAUUUUACAUAUGACGUAGCACAGGAAGUGCAUUUUUUUUGCCUUUAUGCAGUAGAUAUAACAGGUCGAUACAGGCUCAUACAAAUGUUUUUAAUACAAUUAUUAAUGUCCUUAUUGUGAUGAUGACGAUUAUUAUUAUAUUAAAAAAUAUUUACCUUUUCAUUUAACUCAUUCACUGUCAGCUUUUUUCAGAGCAUUUUGACUGAUGACUGAUCUUCGAAGACCCACUCAAUCUUCAAGAAUUUAGACUUUUUAUAGCCACACUAUAAAGUGUCAGUUUAAUAGGCUUGCUUGGUUUUUUUUUGGUGAUUGUUUUUUCUUUUAUGAUGUCAGAUUUUAUUCCACUCAGUAAACAUAGUUGAAUCGAUCGCCAGUAUGCCAGUUUCUUGUCUAUAUGGGAUAUUAUACACAAAAGGUCUCACACUACGUCAGUAUAUUUUGUCUCCAAUCCCUCCUGCUUUGGUCAAAACUAGAAAACAUUAACAUUUUAAAAGUCAUUCACUCCCAAAGACAUAUUUAGAUGUCUUUUCACGCCACACAUUUAAUCCCAGCUCCUCAUUUUAUAUUGAUUGUACUUGAAAAGGGUCGGAAAGGGUUUUAAGUAAAGCAAACUUCAUCAAUGCACCAUUCUCUUCUUUUAUUUUCUUCCUUUCAUGGUGACUAAUUAAGUUAUGAACCAUUUAUAAAAGGGAUAACUACUUGAUUAGGUUAACAAACGCUGACCAGAGCUCGGCAUGUCUUCCAUGUGGUUUUGAACACAAAACAUCCCGAGAGUUUGUAUUCCAGUUUGAAAAGAUGGUUGUUUCCUUUGUUAGUGGAAAAGGCAAAGACACAUAGUACGCAAGGUACUGAUUUAAAAAUAAAUAAACCUCUCUGAUAAUUUGGAGGUCCAUUAGAGCGUACUGUACCUUGCAAAGUUUACGUAACACCAUCCGUAAACAUACCGUAAUGGCUAAAUCUUAAGGUUCACCUCAAUGGAAAAAAGUGGAAGCCUCCCUCAACUUGUGGUUGAGGGGUGUCCUUCACUGUUGUUUGUGCCUAUUCAACAAAUGGCCGCUCGAAGUACCUUCCCUUUUUGGACUCCUUGGAGUGGGUGCUCAAGACUGCCAGUGAGACGUCAAGCAAGUGUACAUCAGCGGUGAAGGGACACCUUCAAGCUGAAGAAAGACUCCCGUUGAGGCUUUUUGGCCUAUGGCUCUCCAGAGACAGGUGAUGGGUACCGCCAGUGCAGGCCAAGCGAAAUGCAGCUUUGGUGCUUGCCAGGGCAAAAACCCAGACGGGGGAAGAGUUCAGUGAGGCUAUGAAGAAAAUAAUCUGGACAGCUUUGAUGAAAUUCUGGUUCACCAUCCUGUGGCUCAGGUGAGGAAAGCAGCUUGCCAUCAAAUCAACACAGUGUACAAUGAAACAAGAAGGACUUGGCAAGGCCCAAAGAAAAGAGAGAUACCUAAAAAUUGGUCCCAUUGUUUAGAAUUGCGCAGAAGUUAGGCUGUAAAAGGGUGUUCUGGGUAAUACCGUGGCAGUAUCAUGAUCAAUACUCUUUGGGCAAAAUUCCAUUCGACAUACUGUGUUAGAGAAUUUUGGCAACAGAGGAGGAGGAAUCAAGAAAAACGAUAUUGUUUGCCCUUGUAUGCAAAUAGCAGGAAGAAUAUGUAGGUUGUCUCCCAUAUGGUUAUAAUUGCUGUUGAUGGAACCCCAGAGCUCUCUGGAGAAUUGCUUUAGCUUGAUCUUGCAGCAUUUACACUAGUGUGCACUGGAAACACGACAGGCUUCUCUUUCCCAGAAUAAAGCCUGCAGUACAAGCAUUUUUUGAACAUUCAUUAUCAAAUAAUGAAUUUUGCAUUUGCUUAGAUCAUCUCAUUGUUGCCUUCUUAAGACGUUUCCAAAUGUGAGUGCUUUAGAACAUUUUCAUAUAGUAAGUCUUCAAUAUUGAUUGUUGGGAUCAUUCAGCCUUUUUAGGUGUUGUUCAAUAAAAUGGAAUUAGUUUGAUGACGAGCCGCUUUCAGCCACAGGACAACAGUUUAUUUUUUUUCCUUCAGAAAGAAAAAAAGCACAUUGGAUUCAAUGUCAAUGGUUUGAUGUUCAUACCAAAACAAAGCCAACACUGUUAUCAGAUUAAGCACAUCUGUUUGAUCCUCAUUCCAGGUUCAUGAAGCAUGGUUAGUUAGCCCUCUACCGGAUUAUAAAUUCCUUUGCAAUAGCGAGAAAACACGAAGCCAAGUAAAUAAUUCUCUGUGUUGACUCAAUUCUUGUCUUUCUUCCUCCACUUGCCACAUUAAACAUGUAUUAAUCAUUGUUUAGCUCAAAUUUGUAUGUGCAUGUGUUUGAGCAGCAUGCCACUUGAAAAGCCUUUUCAUGCGAGAUUGCCAGCUCCCCGUUGGGGGUUGUUACUGAGUCUCUGCAAGCAGACUGAGAAAGAGGAAAAUGAAACGAUAGGAAUAGGAUCAAUGCUAAUGUUAGGUCAGGCAAAUUGAGAGUGUGGAAAUGUAAACACGGACAAAAAUGACAGAAUUAUUCACAAAAUGUGUUAUACUUGACAUCCAGCCAUCCAUUCACCUCUGCACUGUGAGGCCGACGUGCUAACCAGUCGAUCACCGGGCCGCCCUAAACUUAACAUAUUAUUUGUAUUUUUGGACAACAAUUUUAUUUCUUUCUGGAAUGUACGCCCCGGUUUCAGUCACGAAUUAAUUUACAGUAGAUCGGGGGACGGGAACCUUUUUGGCUGAGAGAUCCAUAAACACCACAUAUUUUUAAUUGUAUGUAAUUCCGUGCGAGCCAUACAAUAUGUUUAAAACUAAAAAUACAAGUAACGUGCAUUUUGUGUAAUUUAAUAAUAAUAAUAAUACAUUUUAUUUAUAAGCGCCUUUCAAGACACCCAAGGACAAUUCCAAAAACCACAAAACAAUACAUGUUGAGCAGCGGCAGCCAAAACGCGCCAGCGUUCACUCAACCCGGAGGUCAGAAAGAAAACACAAGGGAGGGAGAGGGGGAGAAAAAAAAGUGACUUCUGGAGCUGCAUGGUUUUGCUGAUGGCUUUGUAGUCUGGUUGAUACUUGGUGAGGUUAAGCUUCAUGCAAGCGUUGAGACUUCCGUCCGUUAAACGUGAUCGUAAGUUGGUCUUAAUGUUCGUUAGAUGUGAGAAAGAUUGCUCACAUGUGUUGGUAGAGCCAAACAUUGUCAGUACAGCAAUACUCACACGCUGCAGUGCGUGGUAUGUGACGGGACGCUCGUUCCAAGUUUUUACAAUCAGCUGGUCUGCGGAUUUAAGUUUUUUCAUUUCUCCCUACUUGUGUUGGCUCGCCAACUCUGCUUGCUGUCGUUCAAGUCUUUCCAAAUCUUCAUUCAAAGACUUGAACUUAUUCACCCACAUGUCUGAAGCCUUCAGGUCAGCAGCUUGUAACUCAAAAUCGCUGACUGAGACACCAGGGAUGUAACAACUCAGGUCAGCGCUGUCCUUUGCACACUCGAGCGGAUGGGCUAUGAACUUAAAAAGACGACGGUGCUCGCGAUAUUCUCCAAAGCGCGCUUCGAAUGACUGCAGGAGAUUAGAUGUGAAUCCUGCUAGCUGCUGAAGAUCAAUAUAUUGAGCAGGGUCACUUGCUGUGCAUGCCUCUUUAAACUCUCCCAGUUUUUCAAAGUGUAGCAAACGACCUGUUUCAAUGUCGGCAAUGAAGAGUUGUAGAUUGUUUUCAAAUGCAAACACUUCUUGUUGCAGGGAUAAUAUUGUAUUUCCAAUGCCUUGCAUUUUCACAUGAGAUAGUAGAACGUCAGGAGCCACUCAGUGUCAGCUAACUCGGGAUGCUCGACAUUUUUCUUUCCAAGAAAAGUCCGGAUUUCGCUCAGACAAGCCGCAAAACGGCUGAGCACCUUCCCCCUUGACAACCAACGCAUGUUGCUGUGCAGAAGCAGAGCAGGAUAAUUAUUCCCAACUUCAUUCAGCAGUGUUUUAAACUGGCGAUCAUUUAAAGCUCGAGCAACAAUAAAGUUGACCACCCGAACGACCAGCGACAUCACCUCUCCAAGCUGCUUGCCACACAUCUGAGCACAGAACGCCUCCUGAUGUAGGAUGCAGUGAAAACUUCAUGCUCCGUUUCCCCACAAUGCACGUAGCACCGUCAGUGCACACCGAAACAAAUUUAUCCAUUGGUAGAUUUUUUAUUUCUUGAGCGAACUCGGUGAAGGACUUGAAUAAAUCCUCCCCUUUUGUAUUCCCUUUCAUAGUCAAAACUGCAAGACUUUCCUCAUGAAGUGUGUCACCGACGACAUACCUUGCAAUCACGCUGAACUGGGAUAAAUUGCUUUACAUCCAUUGACUUUUACAAGGCGAGAGAAAAAACAGGUGCCGCAUUUAUGUCCUUCACUUGACUUGCCUCGAUUUGAUUUGACAUCAUGACAGUGCAGUCGUGAACAGUUCUUGCCGACAGGCAUGUCUUUUAUCCGUUUAAUUAUCUUGUCUUUGUCCGAAAAGUCGUCAAAAAAUUCAUUGGCAACAUCAAGCAUGAAUGCCUUGGUGUACUCCCCAUCCAUGAAAGGCUUUACGUUUCUCACAAUUGCGAACGCGGCAGCAAAACUAGCCGAAUUCCAGUCACCUUAUUGGGUCCAAACACGGAGUUGCUGCUGACUAGCUUGCACGUUGAUAGUAGCUCUUAACAUGCUUUCUUCCUGCUGUCCCCCGCAGGAUAUUUCGAUGCAAAUGUAGUGUGGCAACUGUCGAAUGCCGCGUUAUAUUGGAUCUUUUCAUCAGUGCAAUUUUAUCGCCAGAUUUUCGGAACCUGCUGUCUCCAUAAAGGCAAAUUCCUCUGUCCAUUCCUGCUGAAAAGUACGAUACUCUUCGUCUUUUUUUCUUUUAGCCAUCUUCUCGAAAGGGUUUCUAAAAUUAGCUGAUAAUGCGAUUACAACGAGGGAAGUUUAUUUCCUGAUCUCACGCACAUGCGCAAAUCGGCCGCUAUUUUUGAUUUAUUCACGGCAACCCCACUUGAACAGUGUCUCUACUUCAUCCGAGUUGCCGAUGUGAUUGAUAGAUGGAUAAAUACACACAACGACAUGUACUUUCCCGCUAAAAUUGCCGUGAACCAGCUUUCUAGUCGCCGGUUCGCGCAUGCCAAAGGAUGCCAAACGAUUUUUAAAAAAAUAAUUAAAGAUUUGUCAGCGAGCCAGACGUAGCCGUCAAAAGAGCCAUACAGUCAAACCUCGGUUUUUGAACAUCUGUUCUCGACCAAAUCGACCCCUGCUGUAGAUGAUAGGAUCUACAGUAAGUUAUCCACAUAUCAGGAAUAUAUGGAUGAAGAAUGUGAUUUAAAAUGCAGCUAAUACCUAUGUCUCUGAAAGGUUUUGUGUACAGGCAGCGAUGUUGUCAAAACAAAACACAUACAGUCAUAUACAGUAUACAGCAUGUCAGUUCAGUAAUGAUGGCACUUUGAAACACUAUUUGCGCUCGUACCAAAUCUUUGUCCUUCUGGAUGAAAAUAUUGUUUAAAAUUUAAAAAAUCUAAAAGUUUGCACUGUGUUCCCCUGUUUGAGCUUUUGCAGUGAACUACAGUACUCGUACAUGGCCAAACUGGAUCCUAAUCACUAGAGAUGCAGUCAAAAUCUCACGAGACAAUAUCUUCACGGUAUCAAGGUCAGGGUGUGGUCUUGUCAUCUCUGCUAUGUAUGUAAACGGUUUUUGUCUAGUUUUAUUCACGUUUUCUAAUUAAUACUAAUGAUUUACUGUAUAUUUUAAAAGUUCAUAAUAAAUGUCAUAACUGUGAAAGAAUACUACCUACCGUUAAGAAUGUAGAAUGGCCUUCGCUAUCAAACAAAAAAAAUGAAACGGCUUAAUAAUCACAUGACUAGUACCCACCUUUUACAAUUUUUUUCAUCUUCCACUCAAGCAAUGGCUACAAAUAUAAAGUAUCAGGACUUUUGGGUUUGUUAGUUUUUGUUUUGUGUGUGCGUGUGUUUAGAAGGGGCAGCGACAGCUCUAAAAUGCAACAUUUCCCUCCAUAUUUUCGAAACUCACUAGCCUCAAGUCCCUGUAUUACAACAUGCUCAUACACAUAAGCUCAUCAGGAAGCAAACACACAUCGGCUCAUGAAUUGAUAUUCACACACAAACGAACAUAUUUGUUCUGUCUCGUCUCAUCAACAAAAUUCACACCUUGUCUCGUCAUGAAGGAGCCAUAUUCAGUCAAUUUUCUGCGUCAUCACAAUUUGAGUUAAAAGUUGGACCACACCCUGGACGAGUUGCCAGGCAUGUUGCAAUUGGCUAUGAAUGCUGAGUGAGGAUUAAUCCCAUGCCAGCUGCACGAAUGUCACCUCCAUGAACCACGACACAACCACGGGCCUCGUUAUUUUGAAUUGUCUCGUCUUUCAUCUUAAUUAAUGUCUUAGAUCUCGUUCAUAAACCUAUGGCCACGACUUGAUUUUUUUUUUGUUUUUUUGUCGAUGAGCCAGCAAUGAGUGGAGCUACACAGAGAAUAAUCAAAGUGUUUUACCAUAGGACAUAAAAAAGAUUGCCUCUCUAAUCAUUUUCGUCGACACACAAAUCAAGCGGCUUUGCUGCCUCGAAAGAGCAGAAGCAAUAUAAAACAAUACUACAUCCCAAUGGUUUAGCUUCAAGACUCUAAAGAUAAAUUAUUAAAAUGUGUUGUAGAAAUAGUCCAAUACAUCUUCAUCGCCAAACAUUCUCUCAUCUUGAUGGCACUCCUGAAUGUGACGGCCCCCACCCCCACCCCGGCCCCCCAUUCAAGCUCGCCUUCCUUUUGCUGCUAAUUAUCAAGUGGGCUGCUGCAUUCCUCCAGCAGCUUGUUAAAUUCUCCAGGAGCAUAGUUGACCCACUUUACAAUCAGAUCCGGAGGCUAAACUUCCUCUUAUUUUCCGGUUAAUCUGAUGCUGCACGAGUCCAUAUCUACACAAAUAUGUACAGUCAUGAAGAAAGGAGAAAUUUUUAGGCUGUUUGGUGAAUCUUGCCAUAUUAUAUACAAUAUGCAAGACAAAUUAACUCACUUGUGUCAAGGGUCUCUCCUUGACUGUUACUUGAUCUUAACAAGAAUUUGUCUUCCACAGCCAGAUGUUGUUAAAAAUCGGCAGGCAAAACCAGCAGCAUUUAAUUAUUUCAGUAAUUCCAGAUAUGUUGAUGAAUUUUCUUAUCAAUUAUCAAAAAAUCUAAGCACAUUACAUUCGCAACAAUCACUCAAUAAAAUAGAUAUUCAAGAAAUAUCACAAGUCGUUCAUUGCAAUUGAGGAGCAUUUUGAAAAUUGUUAAGUCUGUUCACCUAUCUGUAACUGCAUGAAACGUGGAAUCAAUAUUUGUAAGCUACAAUAUAUUACUGUGUUUUCUUGCUUUUCGGUUUCUUGCGAAAGCACUUCACAGUGUUGACAUCUUCCGCAUCAUGAUAAUCUUGCAUGGUUUGUUUUUUAGUUGGCCUGCCAUCAUCUUCAUUUCCAGUCAAGCGCUUGCUAAACAAGUGUCAAGACGGUUUGGGUCUCUGGUGUUGACAGUGGAAAUGCAUCUCCAAGUCUAGACAUUCAAGGACAUUUUUUGCGAUUAUUUUUUGAUCUAAUCAGCACUAACACAAUGUCUGCAUUUAAUCUGUUUUCACAGAGAAAAGCGAUGUUCACCUUUUCUUUUAUUUUUCCUCUCCUGCUCUGUUAUCUACCUCCAUGUUUUUAUGCAGCUGAAUUAUCUGUCUCAUUUGCAUACUUUGGUCGUUAAGAUGAACUGAGUGUGAAAUUGUGUUUUUAUUGUGGCCCAUUAAUCUGGACAACAACCUCCCGCACGUAGCUUUUGUUAUAUUGAUAUGUUUUUCGAAAGUGUUUUUCAAAUAUCUGACCACUUUUUCAAAGUGACGAUUGAGACGACCGACAGGAACAACCAAUCUCCUCACCCAUCACGAGGGUCUAUUAAAUCAUGUUAGUCAAGUGGAAAUGUAUAAAUAAUUGUAGCACGUAGUUGAGGGAUUGAUUACCAAAGUAAUUUUCUUGGGAGAGGAAAGAGGAGAGGUUUGGCGAAUUUCACACCAGAACCUUGUUAUAAGUACGUGUCAAAAUAUUGGAUCUAAGCCACACAGCAGGCAACCCCCCCACCCCCCACAAAUAAAUCUAUUCCUGGAGAUAUGCCAACAAGUCCAUAAUCUAUCGUUUUCAGUGUUCCUUUAUUAAUUCUCUUUAAUUAUAUUGUGACAGACAUGAAAUUGUGUUUGUGUACGGAUUGUAAUUGUGUGAGCAUAUUUGUCUUCAAAUUUAGCAAAGCAGUAUGUACACUGAUGUCUAUUUACGCUAAGGCUCAAGUCACAGCCCCUUUUCCAAAGCACAUUUGUCAACCCCUGUGCGGCUCAAACUGAGAUUCCUUUAUGGUGUCAAGCAGACAACUCAGCUCUUAGUCGUACUGCUUAAAUGUCUGCAACAGAGCCAGACAACGUACUAAAUUAUAUACAUUUUAUAUUGCAUACAUUUGUAACAUUAGACAUGAAUUAUAUUGCAAUGCAAUUGCCUUUAUUAAAACCUCGAGGUACUGAUAAAUGUUUUUAUUGAACCUUGUACAAUACUGGGUACAAAUUAAGAUUUUUUUCUGAAAUAAUCGGAAAUUGCGGUAUGUUUCUGUCAGCUUUGAAGAACAAGCAGCAUUGUAUAAAAUGACACAAAGUUCCUGAUUGCAUUGAACUCAGCAGACAUGCAUUCUUCUCGCUUCAGUGAAACUGUCACAAUAUAGCAUGUUUUUAACCCAAGCUUAUGAACACGCUAAAAGAAUGUUAAAACUAUUGUCGUCUCUCAAACUGGCAAAUCAAGUGAAUGGAGCAGCAGGUUGUGAAGCAAUCUGUUGUUUAACGUGAUGUGUUUCCAUGGGUAUUUUGCCGAGUAAUGUACAUCCUUGUGACAGUAUUGAUGAAUAUAUAUUGACACUGUAGCAUGAGAGAUGAGAGAACAAUGCAAUACAGUAUACUGCAGAACGUCCCUCCCGCCCCCUCCCCCACACCUUCCCAAGUGACACACUAAUUAUUUAAAAGACAAAUACAGAGAUGGAGAUUGUACAGUGCUACUUCCUAACAAUAUGUUUGCCAACAAGAACCGCACAUGGCUUUAAUACUCAGUUGAAAUUCUUUGUACUUUAUGUACAGCACUCAGGUUUGUGUUUUGACUUCAUCGUAUAACGAUAUUGAUGAUAGUCUAUUGGCCAGUCAACGCACUAGAUUCUGUCUACGUUCCACUACUUUACCACUUUGGUUAGUAACUGAAGAGAGAGGUUGUUUUGGCCCGUACUCGUCAGACUUGAUAAUGGCAAUUGCAGUCUGAUUUGAAUUGCAUCGCUUAGCAUCAGCUGGGCUUCAGCCAUCACUACUUGUGUUGCUUCAAGAGUAGCCCCUUUGCUCUUCUUACACCGGGUCCAACAUAACGAUAUAUAUAAUUUAUCAGGCUAAAGGCUCCAUUAAUGCAACUCACUGGUCGAGCACUGAAGCCACUCCAAAAAUUUCCAUCAUUAGCCAAACCUCCUCUGUGUUUCCCAGCCCCCUCUCUCCAAUGAAAAGAAAAAUCUAUAGCAUCAGCUACCACACUGCUUUAGCCUGCUUCGUUGCUGAAGGAGACAAAUAGCGGAUGAGGCACAUUGAUUGUACACCCAUCCACCCGUAUUUAGAGAUGAUUAUUUUCCAGAAUUGUCUGCAUUGAUAAAACCGUAAAAAAGAUGCUUUGAAUCUGUGGAGAAUUUUGUGUUCAAAACAAAUGAUUCCUGAACCAGCUCAAACAAACAUGAAAAUGUUACCGUCGCUUGUCACAGUGUUUGAAAUCAUGAUAAAGGGGCUUGUGCUCAUUUGGUAAGCGAGCACAAAGCAUUUGUCACAUGCCUACAGUGCUUGGGGGUAAUUACCGUGUGACACCGAACACCGCUAAGUUAACAAAUGACACAUAUAAUGGAGCUAAUUGCAUGCUUUGGCAUAUUUUCGUAAUUACAAACACCUACCACCUUCAUCGCGGGCCGCUUGAUUGAAGUGUUAUCCUCUUUAAGUAUUAUCACAAGACACGACAGCUCACUGUUAAUCACAAAGAGGCUUUGCUUCUUUCCCUCAGCUGCCUGUUUAUUUGCUCUGCAUCUGUUUGAAGUGUGUCUUUGCUUGAGUAACAGCGUUGCUCCAGUGUAGGAAAUGUUUGUAUAUCGACUGCACAGGUCUCCCUGAAUUGUUGGCAGUCCUUGUAGCAAAACCAUUGAUCAUUUGUGUGCUUUCUUAAGCUUAUUAGUCCCGCACACACGUUUGAGGCUACAUUUACUUUUAGAUUAUUUCCAGUAUGUGCCCCCGUUUUGACUGUUGAAAUGUGAAUAACAUGGCUCACUUUCCAUUUUUAUGAUGCCAUCAUGUUACAUCUGUCAUUGGAAACGAUUGCGUGAGUUCGGCUGGAUUAAUGUCAUCGUGCCUUCAGCAUGCCAAGUAGCUUUUUAACGGAGUUGCGGCUUCCAUGACUUCCAUUUCUCCUUUCCCCCGCACACAUUUGUGCAGUAACAAGGGCAAGUACAUCUACUUUGUAAUAUAUACUGUACUCCGUCCCUCACCACUUCACCUUCUCUGCUCGCCAUUUCUCAACCGUCAGUAGACAGGAUAUAUUCUGACAUUUGGCAGUCCCUUCAGCAUUUUUCCUUCUCUCGGUUUUAUAGCCAGCCAACCUGCACUGAUGUAACCAUAACCUUGAGCUAAAUUAACCUUAAGCAAAUGAGCUACUUAACCAGUCCCAAGGGAAUCAAUCCUCAGAUUAUUUACUGUUCACGGUGUUUGUCCUAAGCAACGUAGCCCGCUAGUGUCGAAUGAAAAGAUGCAGCAUGCUUAAGUAUUCAUUGGGAAAUAUCGGUAAACAAAGUUGAUCACUUUUUAAACCCCAGCUGUUAAUUAUAUUCCACUUGCUAUAUCCCCCUCCAACUGCUAAGGCACACUCACGCAUAUACUGUAACAUUUGGCAUGGGCCUCUAUCCAAAGUACUAAGAAUUAUGUGCAGUGGGAGUCGCGGCUGCCAGGGUUUGUGCUUGUACUCCUCCCCCACACAGAGCAGACACAAAAAGAGGAAUGCUAGACUAGUGGAAGACCAAUCAGUCUUUCAAAAAGUAUGAUACAAAUAAGAUGCAUUUUUGCCGAAGCAAGACCACAUCAAGUCACCCGGUGGCUGUUAAUAACGAACUGCAUGAAGAAAGUCUUUGAAUGUGACUGCCCCCUCCAAAUAUUAUACAUCACUAUCAUGUCUUGUCAAAUAAAGCUGUCUGAGAUUUGGCUCAAUCCACAAGAGGAUGUUAAAUAUUUGAAAUCCAAAUGCUAUGAAAGGACUUAUUGCGCAUCUCUGCAUGUCCUAAAAAUGGUGUCAUUAAUAAUUCAGGAAGGUUCCGUUCCCGUGUCUGUGAUUUAUCUGAGAAGCCUGUACAAUCAAUACGGAGUAGAAUCUGUUAUUAUCCCUGUUACAUUGCCUCACUGUUUUUUCGCUACGGUAUAGCUGCUCAAUCACUUUGAGGAAGAAGCUGAAGAGCUGUAAAUGGAAGCAGAUUUGGAUCAGUGGACUCACACUGGUCUCCCCUGAGCCUAUGCUUUUAACAAUAUAUGCAUGGUACAGUAUCUCUGUGAUCCUUUUAUCCUGUCUUCCCCCAUAUUGGUCAUGCCUAAAUGUCUCAUGCAGCAUGUCUUUUUUUAAUCUUGUAACAUGACUUACAAACCCUGCUCUAUUAGGAUACAUACCUAUUUAUACACAUGCGACUAGUUUUGUCUGGGAUUCGUGGGUGAACGGCCUGGCGCAUUGGCUCCUUUCCCUAGAGAUUAGUCUUGUACUUGAGCUGAAUGUUAAACAACAGGCACCUCUGUACUUCACCGUGCAGGGACAAAGCAAUACACAAAGCUUUCCAUCCUGACCUCGAGUGUGUGCGCGCUUGUAUGUGGAGAGUGUGCAGAUUUGGUGUUCCCUCUAUAUCAGUGUUUGUGAGGAUAGUGCCUGCAGGGGUGUCAGCGGAGGUUUAAGAUAUGCAGCUUGCUGUCAGUACCGACACAUUUCUCCCUCUGCACUGCUGCACAGAUAUGCAAAUGGGGGCUCCUCAGAAUGCAGAGUACCGGAUCAGCUUCAAUUUAUUCCAUUCUGCUCUCUUCUUUUUUUUUCUUCCCCCCUCCCAUCUCACUGCUGUCUCUGUUCAAGCUUUGGUUUUGUUUGGUCUUUCCUGUUCAGUUCAUGGCAUCUGCCCCCAAUGAGGAAUUCCUGAGAGGUGAGAGGAUUUCAACCGCGUAGCACUAAGUUGAGGUUUAGUGCAAAGAGUUGAUUCGUGAUGUUGUUGUGUUCUUGCCUCUAAUGCAGUGAAUGGUUGUUUCUGGUGUCCAGAUCCCACCAAUGCUCAUCUUUCUUGUUAAUUACCACAGAGGUAACCGCUUUCGUUGAUUGUGGUAAAUCACAAUUCGUUCGUUGCCAAGAUGCUCUCAAAAAGGCAAUCUCUCCAACACGUAGUGUCAUCAUUAAUCUAGUCUCUGCAAAAUCUAAAUGCCGAUGUCACGUCACGUGAGUUGCUACACAUUGCCGAGCGGAAAGAAGGAGCAGCAACAGCAACAGUAAAGUCAACAUUUCUCUCGUGUGAAGCAUUCCCACAUUUGAAAGUAAAGAACAGAGCGAAACACGGUGGCAGUGCGUGUGUAGAAAUUGGCGACGUGAAGAGGGGGCUGGACGAAACGCUAGCUGGUUAGCACGGAAGCUAACCGCGGACGUUAGCACGGAAGCCAACUGCGAAAAGUCGCUACGCAGCUGGAACCCACGACCAGAGACCAACCAACCAUGUCUAUCCUUUGUGAUCCAUUUCCAGCUCACAGUACAUUUACAUUCUAAUUAGAUGAAACCAAGGCUGCUUCAUAAGGACAUCUUUGUACUCACCUUUCCCAAGUCCCUUUGUGUCUGUAAAAAUGAAGAAAAAAGAAAUAAUAGAAGUAGCUUUUUAAAGACCUCUCCAUCCAAAUUUAUGUGGAGUGUAACAAGAGGAUGUCUGGUCUUAUAAAUGGAAUAGGAAAAAAAAGAGAUGUGGUGUCAAAACAGUAAUCGAAUUGUAAUGCUAUAUAUAUAUGCAGUAUAUAUCCAGUAUAUACUGUAUAUAUAUAUAUAAUUUGAGCUGUCAAACGAUGAAAAUAUUUUAUCUAAUUAAAAACGCAACUGUCAUAAUUAACUCAAAUUCACUAAAAAUUAAUCGUGAUUACUCACCCAUUUUUUAUCGUUUCUGAAUUUCCUUUUAUAUUUUUUUGUCCUAUUUCUCCCCCAUUUUAAUGGAAACAUGGACUCAUCAGUUUUCUAUGUGCAAAAUGCAAAUAUUGACUGAAAUAACAAUUUCGAUUUUCAAUUUUACAUAAACAUUUUUCACUUGGAGCAGUUAUUCACACAUAAUCUCUCACACAAUAUUACUGUCCAUCAACAACAGUGAAAAAUAUUUUGUCACACAACAGCUCCUUUAACUGCUCUUUUUAUAGAAUCAAAACAGAGCAAUGUAACAUUAUAAAGUGCACAUCUAAGGAAAAUUAGUACUCAGCCUAUCGUGGAUUUAAGCCAUGUUGAUUCUGUUGGUCCUUCUUGCGCGGAAGUCUCUCUACAGUUUUGUGUAGACAUCAUUUCGGAUUACACUUUGUUCGAUGACAACACUGGAGACGUUUUAUUUUUGCGAGGUCGCUACCACUGCACUGCUGAACUUUCAUUGUCAUGUCACCUCUUCAGCGCACUGUCACUGUCAGACGAACACAGAGAAGCUCCACCCGCUCUAUUUAUAUGGACACGGAACACUGUAACCUUCCACAGAAAAUAGUUCCAAACAAGUAACAAGUAAUCGCGUCAGUGGCAUACAUUGUAUACCUGUAUGAUACAGGUAACUUUUGUCAGUGGAACAAUCUGGCAACUUUUUAAAAGUGAACUUUCCGUUCAUAAACUCUUUAAGUAUCCGUUUUCGUGUCUCGCGCUGCCGUGGCUGGCAAAACAAACGUGCGUGGACCUGUGCAGCGCACUUGUUGUUUUGUUUCUGGUUUAUUUAUAGAGGAACGUAACAUCCGCUGUGACGUGUGCCGCAUUAAUCUCGCGAGAAAAAAAUUAAUCCCGUUAAAAUUCAUUUAAAUUAAUGGCAAUUAAAACACGCUAAACUGACAGCUCUAAUAUAUAUAUAUAUACUGUAUACACACACACACACACUUUUCCACAAUUAUGUUUAAAUGACAUAUAAUUUCGAUUCAAAAUUUUAGACUUUAUAUAUUUAUUUCUUUAUUUAUUUGUUUGUUUAUUUAUUUGCAACAUCCCGCUUUACAAGCCUAAGAGAGUAAAAUCCUCUGGAUGUGGGUCUUGUAGACUUGCCAUAACUGCAGUUGAACUUGAGAGUCAAACAAUCCAUUCCGAGGCACUGGUCCAAAAUACUUACUUCUGUAGAAACCAUUUCAAAUUAAAUGAAUCCAUUCCAGGGUCAAAUUGUCACCAAAAGCUUAAGUAGAAUGCAAGACAAUUAGAAUUUUCAGCAGCAAAAAAAAAAAAAAAAGAUUUUUCAGCAGAAAUUUAACAGUAACAGGUCACAAGAAUGUAAUAUCACAAAAUAUACCCAUGUAAAUAUUUACUACAUCUAGGGCUAUACACACGGCAACAUUUGCUCCGGUGCUACUCCAGUAGAGCGGUCACACGUGCAAAGUUACACCGGUGUACCCCCUGAAAACAACUUACUCAGGAGCAAAUUUUUAAACCACCUCCCUGAGCAAAUGCUCGUUUGCGGGGCAGCACCGAUGUAAAAUGGUACGUGUGAACGCUACAAUUUGCUCCAGAGCAAAUGCUCAUUUGCGGGGAGGGGUGAGGGGGGUAGCCUCGCUACGCAUGAGAAGAGUUGAUUACAUACGGCGAGAAUGCGUUGCUUUCAUGCUCUGUUGUACUUCCGUCAUGUGUUUGUAUAAUAACGACACAAGACAUGAUGGCUGGCAAUAACAGUAGCAAGCGCCACCUUGCCUCUUGGGUUAUACCAUCUGAACUAGAACAGGGGGCGAGGGUGGGGGGAUAGUCCCCAAACAUCAUCUUUCCUUUUGUAGGAGACUGGGCUGUCUCAGAGUUGUUUGUGUAGUUUGUUCCUUUGUUGUGUGUUCACA